CUCCCUCUCCACUCUCGCUCCUCUAACGAAGUGUCAAAGAAAAAGGGACCAAAUCCUAAUUCAAACCCAAAGCCUCGAUUUGUCCCUCUUUUACCAUAGCUCAGCUCAGCUUGAAUUGGAGAUUUGAUUUUAUCAGUAAAGAAAACAAGGAGGAUAUGGAUAAAAUGAAACUGGCUCAAUGGGGUGAGAGAUUGAAAACGGGUGGAGCUCAAAUGGGUAGAAUGGUUAGUGGUAAAAUGAAGGAAAUUCUACAAGGCCCCACACCCGAAUCAAAAAUGGUCGAUGAGGCUACAUUAGAGACCUUAGAAGAACCCAACUGGGGAAUGAACAUGAGGAUAUGUGCUAUGAUCAAUAGUGAAGAGUUUAAUGGGACCGAAAUUGUUAGGGCCAUAAAAAAGAAGAUAUCUGGAAAAAAUGUUGUCAGCCAAAGGUUGAGUCUUGAUUUGUUGGAAGCUUGUACAAUGAAUUGUGAGAAGGUAGCUUCCGAGGUGGCUUCGGAGAAACUGUUGGAAGAGAUGGUUAAGAUGAUUGAGAAUCCACAUACGGAUAAUGGGAAUAGAGAAAGGGCUUUGCAGUUGAUUCGCGCCUGGGGACAGUCUGAGGAUCUUGCUUAUCUGCCUGUGUUUCACCAAACUUAUAUGCAGAGCUUGAAGGGAAGAAGUUCACACCUGCCAGUGGAUGACGAGAACUCACCCUUGCACUAUACCUUGGAGUCUUACAUGGAAGAGCCAUUGCCUCCCCCUGAAAAUUAUCCUGUCAAUAACACAGGAUUGCAUGGUAGUGAUCUUAGUACUUUUGCCUAUAAUAAUGGGAGUCUAUCAGUGGAACAAAAGAAGGAACUUUUUGAAGUAACUCGGAACAGUCUUGAGGUUCUCUCUAGCAUGUUGAAUACGGACACAGAACCAAAGCCAACAAAGGACGAGCUGACAGAGAGCAUGUUGGAGAAGUGCAAGCAGUCACAGCCAGUCAUUCAGAUGAUCAUAGAGAGCACUACUGAUGAUGAAGGAACUCUGUUUGAGGCACUGAAUCUGAAUGAUGAGCUUCAACAGGUCAUCUCCAAAUUCGAGGAAAUGGAAGCUGGUUUGAAGCCUGGAAACACUGGCACCACUGAGGCUAAUGUCUCUGCUCCAGUUGAGACCCGUAACAAACCUGUGAUAGGUGGUUCCUCCUGGACCCAUGACGAAACCAAGAUGGGUGCAUUCCCCAAAGGAGAUAGUAUUAGUACUGAAUGCAGCAGUGAUAAGAAAACAUUGAGUGAGAAGUGAGGGGGUUUGCUAGGUGUAAUUUUGUCCCUUGGUCAUCUUGUGUUGGUAGAACUUUAUGGUUGGGUUAUUGUAAUUAAGAGUGAAUAAGAUUCUUAAGCCGAUUGGCUGAAUAUUAGUUGAUAACGUUAUGUAAUUACAGGAAUAGGAGUGUAUGACGUGAAUUUAAUCUCUCUAUCAAAAUUCAAAA